AUGCCGAAAAUUACUAUCACGCCCUGGAGGAAUAUCACGGAAUUGCUGGACGUGAGAUCCAAGUUCUAUCCUUCGUCGUCGUCCGCGAGCGAUUCACGCUCUGAUGCAUGUCGAGUUGUCGAAGCAUGGAAACUACGCGGCCAUCUCCCUCACGCCGUCGAAGCCACCGCUCUCUUGACUGAUGCCAUAUUGCACGAUGACGCCGAGCGCAAUUCCGUGUUUGCCAUCAGGGCUACGUAUGCAGCUGCUUUCUCUAGAUUCGUCACGGGCCUUGUCGACACCAAACUAGGCGUCCAUCGAGGCACCAUGUUCAGUCGUGCCUCCAUGAUCGGCCUACCACUCUCCUUUGUCGAGUUGCGUCAUGAAGCUGCGCAUCGCGAACUACCUUCUUUAGUCCUGCUAAGGAACUAUACAAAUCGCGCACUGGAGUGGUUGUGGGGCUACUAUUGGGCCAAAAUCGAUGCUCCUUUACCCUCGUCUGCUACUUUGACCGAGGCAGGUACCUCGUCAAGAACGCUGACAGAAGAUAGUAAUGAGCGAGAUGACUUGACGAUACGGAUUAGGCAUCUCUUGAAGCAGCAACAGCCAGACUCUUCGGCUGGGCCUCCGAGCAAAAAACUCAGGUCUACAUAUCUCCCCCUCGCCCAGUCGCUGUCGUCUGUUUGCAGCGGUAGUCAUGAAGGCGCCCUGGUUUUAUCUCGGGUUUUACUCGAAGAGGGCUUUCUUGUUCCGAAGGAUAGACUAUUUGGCACAUCCAUGGAAAGAUCAUUCUCGACCUGGGAUUAUACCCUACAAACAAUCUCAAACUCUCACCAAGCCUUCCUGACUGUCCUAACCGAAGAAAUGGCCAAAGAACUUGACUCAGCAAAGGACAAUACACCUUCGACAAAAGAACACCCAUACCUCCAAGGCGUCUAUAUGUGGCUCGAACAUAUCUUGACCUCCGAUAACUGGCAGAAAGAGAGUCUGCUGCUAGGAUCUGUGUCUUAUAUUCGAACUCUGUGUCGCGUGUCUCCUAAUCAUUGGACUACUAUGCUAGAGAGAGUGUUGUUAUCAUCAUUACCGACGCUGUCUGUUUCGGAGGUUUUGUCUUCCUCUGAUAAGCUGGCUGGCUUUGAGGUAGAGGUUGGCAGCAGUUAG